GGGCGAAUACUGCAUUGUCAUCGGGCGUCCAGAACAGAAUACCCCCACCCAGUUACUGGGAAUGGCUCGGGCCAGAUGCGCAAGCAGCGGGAGGCACGUAGAUUGCAUCUGACUACAACAUCGUGCUGUCUGUAGGCUACGCUGCAUCCGAGCGCAACCUUCUUUACCCUUCGCGUUUUACGGUACAUACGGAGCAGCAUUGAACCCCAAGUAUUUACCAGGGAUUUCAAAACAAAAGGGAUGCUGACGCACGAGAAAGAUCGCUUUUAUUAGCAACAGAGGACAGUAUUUCCAGGCGUAAAAGAGCCGUCUGACUGGCAAGUUAAGAAAUCCCCCUCUAAGCAUGGAAAAGGAGGUAGGGGCCGCCCCAGGAACAGGAAGUAGGCCAUCCUCUCGGGGUCCCAGUGCCCCUGGCUCUCCGGCCAUCACCAUUGUGACAAAACUGGAGAAGAAGGUGAUUGGAUACAAGGAUCUGGCUGCCAUUCCCAAAGACAAGGCCAUCCUGGAGGUGGAGCGGCCUGAUUGGAUGAUCUACGAGCCCCACUUCAACUUCUCCUCUCUGGACCGAACCGAGCUGUCCAGGAGCCGAGAGAGGUCCAUGUCCCCUCACUCCAUCUCUCCCCCUCCCUCCCCUGGGAGCUCAGGGAGGGAGCUGAAGGAUUUGCCAGAGGAGUCUGAUUCACCUCCAGCCCGCAAAAUCAGCGCCACAGCGGGCCCAGUGCAUCACUUUCACAGGCCAGACAACGGCACUAAUAUCUACAGGAAGCCACCCAUCUACAAACACGAUGCCUCUGAGUCUGGGGCCAAACACAGAGGUGACCUCAUCAUCAAGUCCUCCAAGUUCCCCGCAGCCCAGCCCCCGGACCCCAACCAGCUGUCCAAAAUCGAGACAGAGUACUGGCCCUGUCCACCCUCCCUGGCCACCAUGGAGAUCGAGCGGAAACAGAGGCAGAGGAAGGGUGAGGAAGGUGCUGAGGGAGAGGAGUACGACGAUGGAGAUCUGACAGAGGAGGCCCGGAGAUCUCAGGAGCAGCAGCUCAACAAGAUCCAGUCCAACCUGGGGAAGCUGAUCAUGAAAGAGGAAAUGGAGAAACCUGUUCCCUUCCGCAGAAAGACUCGCUCACUGCCCGACAGGACACACAUGCACAUGGGUGACACUCUCCCAGCCUGCAGCCGUUCGGGCUUGACCAGGCUGCAGUCAGCGGAGUUUCCAACCACUGGGAGUGAGGGCCAUGACCAGAAUGGGGAGAUGCAGACGGGGCGGAUGGACAGGGGGAACUCCCUCCCCAGUAUCCUGGAGCAGAAGAUCUAUCCAUACGAGGCACUCAUCGUGACCCACAAGGGCCGGAGCAAGCUCCCACCGGGGGUGGACAGAACCAGGCUGGAGAGGCACCUGGAGCCAGAGGUUUUCCAGCAGCUGUUUGGAAUGUCAAUCGUGGAGUUUGACCGGCUGUCACUAUGGAAACGCAACAACCUGAAGAAGAAGGUUUCGCUCUUCUGAGAGACCAGAGCGCCAUUUCCCCAAACCCAGAAAACCAAUGAAAUACACUCCUGGGGAAAAAAACCCAUUCUUUUAAAAACGAGAAACAAAUAACAUCUAUUUGAGCAGGAUGAUGAAUCUCAGAAUCGUAGAGAUUAUGCGAAUAUAAUCCUGAAUAUAUUGUCUUAAAAAAAGUCCUAUCGAUGUCCCACUCUUGAAUCAUAUUUACAGAAGCAGAUUACGGUCUAAAGAUCAGAGCCACUCGUGUCCCGCUUUCUCUCUCUGCAUCAGCAUAAUGUAUAAAAUAUGACAAAGGGCUGUACGUUAUAGAUUGCUUCCACGCCCUGUGUGACCCUGUCCUCUUGCCGAGUCCGUCUGUUCCUAGCCUGAGUGAACCUGUCUUGUGAAAUACACGGUUAUCAGAUGGAGUCUAACUCUGACACUAACACGCUGUUCGAUCCACCGUUAACAUCUUACAACGUAUCGCAAGCCCGUUACGGAAAGAUAGGCCAUGAACACUGUGUACCUCCGGCGGAAAGUAUCUAUGUCGGCAUCUACUCUACGCUUAGUCACAGCUACAUCCACAAAAUUGUGUACUUGUGUUUUGCAAAAAUAAAAUAAAGGAACUGAGAACAGUAUUUUGAACACA